CCCUAUUAGCAACUUUGAAGACAGGCACAGGGGCGGGGUUUGCAACUUACUAGGCAUGCGCAUUCUCUUCUCACUUAUUGGCGAGAGUACUACACUUUCUCUUUUUUUCCCGGAGCCUCUUAGCAACGGUCACGGUUGAGACCUAAGGAGACUCCCCCAGCGGAUUGGCUGCGCCCGGCCUCUCAGCCGCGUAGGUUGGCUGAAGCGUGGAUAGAGAGGGUCAGGCUUUGGAAAUUCUGCCUGAGAACCGGUUGUCCCAGAACAGAAGCAGGAUAGAGGCCGCAGUACGGAGGAGCGAAGAGAUGAUCCGCCAUAAGUCCAGCCAAUUCCAGAGAAUGAGAAUGCCGUCGGAGCUUGAACAGCCCUGCGAACUGCGGCGGGAACCCGAGGAGGACCUCAGCUCAGUGGAUGAAUCGGCUACAUGUAUGAGAACAGGUUUGCGGACCCAGUCGGGGACUGCGGUCUUGGUGGAAGCAGAUGAAGAUCCUGCAGCCAACUUGUUCCCGCCUCCGCUGCCCCAGCCCCGGAUCUGCAUGUGGAAGUACCUGGACAUCCAUUCCAUGCACAGGCUGGAGAAGACAGCCAACGUUGAGGAGAUGAGGGAGGUGCUGGCCGAGCUGUUGGGGCUAGGCUGUCCUGAGCUGAGCCUGCGGGAUGCCAUCACCCUGGAUCUCUUCUCCCAUGCACUCAUCUUUUGCCGUCAGCAGGGCUUCUCACUGGAGCAGACAUCAGCGGCUUGUGCCCUGCUUCAAGAUCUUCACAAGGCCUGUGUUGGCCACAGGGGGACCUCCCUUCCCCUGGACUGCCGGACACUUGGAGAAAAGGCCAGGGCUUCAGGAGGUGGUCAGUCUUCUUACUCCCAAUCACUCCUACAGCGGCCCCCCUUUAGUAUCGACCUCUUUAAGGAGGAACAGCUGCUGGCUCUGGCAGAUUAUGUGGUCAACACCUAUUUCCGCCACUUCAAGCUCUACAAAUAUGUCUUCACACCCCAGGUACGGCUGGAUCUAUCUUUGACUUAUAUGGGGCUACAGCAACGCAAGCUCUGGCCAGAGGAUGAGACAGAGAAAGAAGGCAGCAAGGAGGUGGAGGAGCAGGCAGUCACACCACAGGAAGAGGAACUGGAAAUAGAGGUCGAGCCAGAACAAGAGCCAAGCCAGGUCUCCAUCCUUCGAGCCUAUAUCAAGACCCAGCUGAACAAGGAGCUGGGGCAGCUCCAACAGCUGGUGGAGGAGCGGUUCAAGGCCAGUGAGGAGAGGCUCAACAGCAAGUUGACCUCACUAGAGCAGCCCUUCCAGCUACCUCCAGGCAAAGGCAAGAACAAGACCAAGUGACCCCCAGCGUUUUUUCCAAUAAAGGCCUGGGC